AUGUGGGCCUUCGAAAAAGACUAGAAACGAAUAGAAAAUCAGAUGAAGAGUACUAAGGCCUCUCCUCUUAAAUCAAGACUAAAGCAAGAGGACUUGAUUUCUAAAAUUGAUCACAUAAAAUCAGAAUUGAAAAGCAAGAACAUUCCUAACUAAAAACAAAAAGUGCUUGAUAGUAACAAGAUUGGAUAUUAAAGAAUGGGUUUAUUCUCUACAGUGCUUGAGAAGAGAGAAAUCAUUAAGGAAACUUUCAAUGAGAAUGUAUAUAAAAAUGAUUCUUUCGACAAUACCUAAAUAAAAUUAGUAGAGUCAAGCAAUAAUAUAACAAUUGUAGAGGUGGAAGAUGAUAUGGAUGAUCAUCAGGGCGAGAGAGGGGCUCUUAAUUUCUACAGAACUUAUAAAGACCUUCCAAGAUAGCUUCAACAAGAGAGAGGCCCCAAUAGCUUAGUAGACUAUGGUGCUACUGCUUUUUUAAAUUAAGUUGAAAAACUAAAGAUUACUCCAAAACCAUUCAUAAUAAAUCGAGAGGCUAGAAAUCAUUAGAGAGGACUCAUAAACCUCAAUUAAUAUUCUAUUGGAGAUGAAUACGCUUAAGCAAUUAGUUCAAGUCUUAUUAAACUCAAACCAAACAUCAUAAAUGCAGCAAACAAUAGACUUUCUAGCAAGGGCGUCAUUAGUAUUAUAAAAUAAAUAAAUAGUUUAAGAGUAGAACAGCUCGAUAUCUCAGAUAAUAAAUUUGACAUAGAAGCUAUAAGGGAACUUACAAAAUCAGUUUUUAUGCCAAACUCAGAUUCAAAUAUAACUUAUCUUAACUUGUCAAAAAAUAAACUUGGUGAUGAGGCUAUCAAGAUUUUAUGCUAAUCUUUACUGGGAUACAAGUCUCUAACUAAAUUGGAUUUGAGCAAAACUGAGGUUACUAAUGACGGAGCUAAAUCUAUUGGCCAUUUAUUGGAGCAUAACAAUGAACUUAAAGAACUAGUACUAUCAUGGAAUAAGAUUAGGAGUUAAGGUGGACUGUUAAUCGCUCAUGGCUUGAGAUAAAAUGGAGGGUUAAGAAAGCUGGAUCUGAGCUGGAAUUCAAUUGGAUCUGGAAAAGAGGGUGCUCUUGGUGAAGAAUUAGGCAAGGCUUUGAAUUAUGAGAAUUUGGUGCACUUGGACAUCAGUCAUAACAAGAUAUCAAAGGUUGACAUGAUAAUGAUAGGUGAAGCGAUACAUAAUAAUCAUAAGCUCUUUGGGAUUCAUAUUGCUGGCAAUGAUGGUUGCUUUUUGGAUUCCUAGGGAUUCAUCAGAAUCUAACACCAGAAUAAGUAGCCUUCUCAAGUCAUAGUAACUGCUAAAAGACUUUAAAAAUAAAGAACUUCUAAGGAGGGCGCUUAUAUUUUAGACGAUUCACUUGAUGCUGAUUAGAUGUCAAUCAGAAUAAUGAAUGGCUGUUGGCUUUGUGAAGAGUGGAGAGAAAUGAAGUUUGAAUGGAUUGAUAUAAACAGAUGGGCAAGCAGAAAAGGCCAUGAGUAAAAUGUCUAUAUUCAUUUCGAAUUUGAUGACUAUGAAGGAGAUUAAAUGAUCAAAGAGAGAGAUUAGAAGUAUAUUAUUUGGCGCAUGGUGCCACCAGGCAUUCAUAGAUAUUUUAUCUCGAUUCUAAAGUUCAGAUUGUCUUUUGUUCACAACUAGAAGUUCAUUGAUAAUCUCAGAUCGUUUGAUAUUAAAGACUCUAAAAGUGGUGAGACCUUGAUUGUAUUAACUCCAGAUAGAUUGAACAUCGCCAAUGCUCACCCUUAAAAGGACCUAUUUGAUUGGGAAAAGUUUUCAACUAAGAGUAUCCAUAUAUGCACCCCUAGAAAUACAGAGAAGAUUUUCAAGAAAGAAAUGAAAAAGAAGCCAACACCUUUAUGGCAUAGAUAAGACUCAAUUUUUAGAAACUUCAAAAUUUUAUCAGAAGAUACUCUCAUUGAAUGCUUCGAAUUUGACUGGAAUGCAAUGUGCAAGCCCAGAUUCAAAGAGAAUUCAAAUAUUGAGCAGAUUAAGGGUGUAUUAAGAAAGGGCUAUCCCUACUUGUAAUCAUAUUCUUAAUAAAAAUAUUGUUAUAGAAUUGAGAUUUACAGAGUUAUGUCAGCUAAGUAUCAACAAGGCAAUGUCUUCUGCAUAUCUUAUGAGGGAUUUUUUUAGUUAAUGGAAAAGUUUGAUUUGAUUGAUAAUGAUGAUUUGAAGAUAGAGGUUGAUAAGGCUUAUAAGAAAUGUGCUUAGUGUUCAAUUGAUUCUCCAUUUGUGGUUGAUGGAUAUCUUGUUAGAUUCUAGUUCUUGGAGAUGAUCUUAAGAGUGAUCAUUGCAAAGUAUCUCAAAUGUAAUAUUUUCUUCUUUUUGUGUAAACCAUACAUAGAGUAAAUUUGUGAGACAAUCGUUGAGUCUAUCAAUAAAUUUCUCAAUGAUGAAUUUCUUCCUUAAUCUAAAUGUGAUAGAACUAUGCAAGAAUGGAGAGAUAAAAGAUUUUGGAAUGAGCAAUGCGACAAUUUUUUGCAAAACCAUUACGACCUGUUUAGACAUAUUUAUGAGAAAUUUGCAGGUAAAAGUCAGAGAUAGGGGAGAAAAUUCAUAAAUCACUAACCCAAUACUCUGAUGAAUCUAGAAGACUUCAAGCAAUUUAUAUGCUAGGCGAAUUUGCUGAAUGACAUGUUUAAAGAGGAAGAUAUAGCUGUCUGUUUCAACCAAGCAAAGCUUUUGCAUGUAGAUGAGAUCUACAACGAUAAUCAUAUUAAGUUGACUUUUGAUGAAUUCCUUGAGGCCUUCGCCAGAGUUUGUGACUAAGCAUCUCAUUCGCCUAUGAUACCCAUUAGAAACCCACUUUCAGGCAGAAGCGAUUGCAGAAGUAUAGGGAGCUCUUACAAUGUGACCUAGCUCUAUUCCCCAGCUAACUCGCUUACAUUUGAAUAGACAAUGAACUAAACUGAUAGAGAAUUCUAAUAUCUAGUAUGCAAGAUGGAUAACGUAGUUGACUUCUUGUUGAUUAACACUUGUAAAAACGAAUUCAGAGAGAGUUUUGUCAAGCCUUGGAAAGACUUUGCGACUGGCUUAUUUGUUGUUCAGCCCAAGGAAAACUCACAUGGACAUCAUAGUCAUUAGAAAAUAAGCUAGAAUAACUGA